UGUUAAGGUUGUGGUAGGGACGGCCCGAGGAGCACAAAUAGCACUGACCACAGCCCGUGUCCCCUGGAGAGGGCAAACGGGUUCGGGAGCCAUUAUUCGUGACGUAACUAGCUCGCUAACCGGCUGUUUUAACUCAGAAACUGCGGUAGCGGCGGGCUGUAAACGUCGGAAGUAAAUUACCGACAGUGACCUCCUGGCCAAAACGUGUUGAAGCGGAUAGGUCUUUACACCUUUUGUCAACUGAAUAAAAGGCGCACAGUAUCGGUACUAAGAGCAAAUAAAUAUUUUCUACUCGAGCAAUUUCGUUAAAAAAUAUAUAUUGUAACGAGGUUCGUUACAAUAUAUAUUAUUAAGGAGGGUGCGCGGGGUUGUAUUUUAUCGUGGGAGCUAGCUAGAUAGAGACAGCAACUCCUUGCCUCGUUUCGGUUAGUUUAGCCUGAUAUCUGACGUAGCUAGACAACUGCGACAAUGGAUAAAGCAAAAUCAAUUAUCGGAAAAAAAGAUUCAGGAUCCUGUCAUGCCAACGGACUUCAAAGGGAGUUUCAUUCUCAGGCUAACAUCGGGGGCUGUAACGCGUACAAAUCAAGUGGAAACUGUAGUGGUGCUAGUAACAAUAUUGAACUCUUCCAUCACCUGCAGACCGAUCAUGUCGAAGCCAAUGGGUCAUCUCCUGCGAAAAGAUGCAGGUUACGAAGAAGAGUUGAGUCGGCGAAGAGAAACAGAACACCCUUCCCCUGGUUCGGGAUGGACAUCGGCGGUACUCUGGUGAAGCUGGUCUACUUCGAGCCUAAGGACAUCACGGCGGAGGAGGAACAGGAAGAAGUGGAAAACCUGAAGAGCAUCCGCCGCUACCUGACCUCCAACACGGCGUACGGGGAGACGGGCGUCCGAGACGUCCACCUGGAACUGAAGAACCUGACCAUGUGUGGUCGGACGGGCAACCUGCACUUCAUCCGCUUCCCAACGCAGGCCAUGCACCACUUCAUCCAGAUGGGCAGAGACAAGAACUUCUCCAGCCUUCACACCACGCUCUGCGCCACUGGCGGAGGGGCCUACAAGUUUGAGAACGACUUCAGAACGAUGGCUGAUUUAGAGCUGUUGAAGCUGGAUGAGCUUGACUGUCUGAUUCAUGGCCUGCUCUACGUGGACUCCGUGAGCUUCAACGGCCACCCUGAGUGCUUCUACUUGGAGAACCCGUCAGACACCCAGAAAAGCGUGAAGACACCGUGCAGUCUGGCUGACCCGUUCCCUAUGCUGCUGGUCAACAUUGGAUCUGGGGUUAGCAUCCUGGCUGUAUACUCCAAAGACAACUACAAACGGGUCACCGGCACCAGUCUUGGUGGGGGUACGUUCCUGGGCCUGUGCUGCCUGCUGACUGGCUGUGAGACGUUUGAAGAGGCUCUGGAUAUGGCUAGCAGAGGCGACAGCAGCAAUGUGGACAAGCUGGUGAGGGAUAUCUACGGAGGAGACUAUGAGCGCUUCAGCCUCCAAGGAUCUGCUGUGGCCUCCAGCUUUGGCCACAUGAUGAGCAAGCAGAAACGAGACUCCAUCAGCAAAGAGGACCUGGCGCGGGCGAUGCUGGUCACCAUCACCAAUAACAUAGGUUCCAUCGCACGCAUGUGUGCCGUCAACGAGAAAAUCGAGAGAGUUGUGUUUGUUGGGAAUUUCUUACGUAUCAACACGGUGUCAACUAAGCUGCUGGCCUACGCCAUGGACUUCUGGUCCAAGGGACAACUGAAGGCCUUGUUCUUAGAACACGAGGGAUAUUUUGGAGCGGUUGGGGCAUUCCUGGAGCUGUUAAAGUCGUCUGAGGAGCCAUGAUGACAUGCCCAUGUCAUCCCUCAAGAAGCUGCCGACAAGCCGUUACAGGAAACUGGAAAAGCCAUUUAAUACUCUAAAUAUCUUUUAAUAUCUCUUCCCUAAAAUCCCCUCAAAUAGAGGUUUUAAUAAAGCUAAUGUAAUGUCUCGGGUCAUGAACCCUGGGUGGCAGGUAAGCGCUAAGGGUCACAGAGACGGUGUUAGUUCUUGGUACUGUGUGUAAAUAUCUAUUUUCGUAGUUCUAGAGUGCACUAAAGCCAAAACCUGCUGAGAAUUGACCUGUGUGACAGGAGUCUGCAGUCUUCGGUAUAGAGGAAAGGGAGUUUCUCUCAACAUAUGAAUAUUGCCUUGUCUGCUGCUGUUCUAUCCAUCUUUGUGAAAAAGGGGGAAAAGGGGUUUAGUUCCAUUUGUAUCAAAUGAAGGGACCAAAGAGGCUGAUUCAUCAUAAUUGACUGGCCCUUUUUAAUUCAGCGUGUCACAACGAGGAUCCACUGUCCUCUGUCGCUUGUGGCACAUUCAUCUUAGCUUUAUUAACCCAUCAUGGUUAACAGAUAUGGGGUGUUAUAAACCCUUGGUUCACCAGCCUCCUCAAACUCUCUAGUCUCUAGUCUCUUUUAGUGAUGAAGUUCUGUUGGUACGUCUGUCAGGUUCAGAUAAAUGUUACGAUCUUGAUACUUUGGUUAUUUUGAGAUGCUGCAUUACCAGUCCAGUACAAGUGUCCACUUCUGUUUGUUUCACACCUGCCCAUCUCACUAAGAAAGUGUGCCCUAUCUUCUCCAAACCUCGGACCAUGACGACACCCACUCUACAGCCAGUGGUGAUGUAGAAUCGCCUAGAAUUUAAAUUGCCUAGUAAGGACUGUUUUUGUGGUGUUUUAUCCAACGUAUUUUGUAAGAGAGGUACAUAACUACUGGCAGCAGUUAGUCUACAUAGUGAUUUUUUAAAAAGUAUUUUAUCUUAUGUCGGUGUGGGAGUUUCUCACCCAGUGCAAAGGGUUUAUAACCUGCAGUUUUGACAGAAAAUCUCUAUUUUGGCCCCCAAAGCAAUUCCCAUAGCUGCUAUCAAUUUUCUUGUUUUAUAUAUCAGUUAAAGCUGUUCAAUGUGAAUGUGCUUGUAGCUAUAAAAAUGAAGGACCCAUUACACUAGACAUGUUUUACCUGUUGGCUUAGUUAUUGCUGCUGUUUGAAAUACCUAAGAAACAGCCCAUUUAUUGCGUCCAUCAUUAACGACCUCCUAAAACGUUGGAACCUCCUCUGUUAGAAUCCAAUGUCUCAACCUUAUUAUGACAUCACAGAAGGUUCUGUUUUUGCCUUCCUCUCUCUCCCUGUUGGUUAAUGGCCUCCGCCUAUCAGGUGGCACCGUUUGUCAAACUGGGUAGCAGUUUACUUACUGGCUACUCUGUGCCACUCACUUCUCACCUCAAACCUGUUUUUGUUGCCUUUUUGUUUUUUAGUAGAACUGUGUUUCCGUGUCCUACGGUCUCUCUUUCUUCAUGUAAAGUGUUUACGGUUCAGUGUGGUUCUUUGUGAAGGCUCCAGUUAAGACCUAUGUGAAGUCAGAGUUCCACUGCAACAUGGAGUUUAGUUGGGUUAGUAGAUGGUAUCAUUCAACUGCAUGGGAUUCUGACUUGAUUUCAUAAAGAUCUUUAUUUUAUUUAUUUUUAAUUUUGAGGGGGGAUGAUUUUUCAAAUGUUCAUUUUGUGGUUUUCUGUAUCGUUUGUUGUUUUUGGCUCAGAGUUAUUGCAAGCAUCCCCUGUUCACAUUUGCAUGCAUGCUCUUAUUAAAUUGACAAAGGCCUUGGUACUAGUCUGGAUCAAUGGUUACAUUUUGGGAUUACCAUUUCAAUAUUUAUGACCCCCCCCUCCCCGCUCCCCAAUAGCAGAUUUGUAUAUUAUAUUUACUCCCAAUAGCAGGUCCCAAUGUAUAUUAUAUUUACUCCCAAUAGCAGGUCCCAAUGUAUAUUAUAUUUAUUGAAGUGUAAUAACUACUGAUGUGAUAAAAUGAAGUGCUGAAACACCUCAAGCCUCUGAAAACCAACGUCCUGUAAAGAUGCGUCAGUAACUGACGUCCUUGUGCUGUGAGAACGUAAUAUUACGUAAAGACGUUUCUCUGUGCUUACAAACCUCAAAUUUCCUGCCAAGUUCAAUUGAGUCAAGUUAAAAUAAAGUUUAUUUUUUAUUCAUUUUUAUACACAUCAAUGUAUUAGACACUCCUGAUGACUACCUACAAGUCUGGUAUUGAAGCCUUGUGAAUAUAUGACUGCCCUUCGAGUCAGUUUUAGUAUGUUAACAUGGCUCAAUAUGAAGCUCCUCUUCCUCUAGUAUUUACAUAGUGUAUGCAGCUCAUGAAUUGGAGCCAUCACAUCUGUAUCAUGUAAGAGCUCUGUUGGUACAGAAGUGUGUACAAGGAAUAUUACUUGCCACAGCACAAGGACAUUUGCCUCGUGCAUCUGCUUUAAGCCCAUGAUAAAGCUCUAUUGAGUGAUUUGGAGUCCUCAGAGGUAUCCCUUGACCCUCGUUAGUGUUAAUGAACAGCAGUUUGAUCCCUGAUAACGAUCAGAGAACAUGCUAUACAGUAGCUUCUGUAUUAAUCUCUAUAUUUUUUAAUGUUCUAGCAAUGCUGCAAAUUCUGCCAAUAACCCCAAAACAAGCAAGUGAUUUGGUUGUUCAAAGAUUUUGUUUUGUAAUCUUAAGAAUUAUGCAAACUGGUUUAUCUUUUGAUUUGAGAAUUUAUUUUUUAUUGAGUUUCUUCUGCUGAUAUUUAAACAACACUGUCUAUAGUCUGGAAAGCUUAAUAGGACGGGACUUUUUAUCACGCUGACCUGAUAGGACGGGACUUUUUAUCACGCUGAUCUGAUAGGACGGGACUUUUUAUCACGCUGAUCUGAUAGGACGGGACUUUUUAUCACGCUGAUCUGAUAGGACGGGACUUUUUAUCACGCUGAUCUGAUAGGACGGGACUUUUUAUCACGCUGAUCUGAUAGGACGGGACUUUUAUAUUGAUCUGAAUGUACUGUACCUGUAAAUAUAUCCGCCAGAAAUCCUUUCUGCUAAUGCAAUGUCUAACCUCUUUACUGUGUCUAAGGCUACGUUUACACAUGCAGCCCAAUUCUGAUCUGUUGCCCAAUCAGAUCAGAUCUUUUGCUAAUAUUGGGGCAAAAUAUCAGAAUUGGGCUGCCUGUGUAAAUGCAACUUAAGAAAAAUUACAAGAAAAGGAACACUGGAAAUAUGCUGUGCACAAUGUGUAUGUUCUGGAAUUUAACAGUUAUUUUCUGAAAUGAAUAAAUUUGUGAAGCUAUUAA